AUGUCUCCUAUUGAUACAGGUGCCAUUAUCAGUGGCUCACAGGGACAACGAUGGAAACUGCAGCAAUUGCUAGGACGUGGCAAGUGUUGUGAUGUCUUCAAGGCUGUUCUGCUUGAUGAAGACUAUGAGGUUGCUGUGAAAGUCUAUAAGAAAGGCUUACAGUAUGAAGGAGCACAGCAGAGGGAACGCCUUAUCUUGCAGAUUGUUUUUCAAGAGCAAGUUCAAUGCCCACAACUUGUUCAGGUGACGGAUAGUUUUCAAGUGGGUAGCCAUAGUAUCCUGAUUGAAGAGCUACUUGAAUUUAACCUUUACCAGAUUGCACUGAUGACAGAGGGUCAUGGCUUCUCACUUUAUAUGAUACAAAUGUUUACCAAAGAUGUCCUGGUUGCGCUCAGUGCUAUUCACAAGAGUGGGUUUGUUCAUGGCGAUCUAAAACCGUGCAACUUAAUGUGGAGUGCUCAAAAUAGCUGCAUUAAACUCAUUGAUUUUGGACUUAGUUUUCAUGUCAGCGAUCAGGAUGUUGGACAGAUCCAAACUCCAAGUUAUCGAGCACCUGAAGCUGUGUGGUAUAAUCAAGGGCGCAGUAAUGUUAAGUUGACUCCAGCAGUAGAUUUAUGGAGCCUUGGAUGUUUACUCAUUUGGAUGUUUACUGGAAAGAAAAUUUUUCAGAAAGAACCAUCAGGACCUUGCAAAAGUUGCACGCUGGGAGGUGUAGAAAGUUGUGAAUAUGGUGUGUUGGCCCUACAGAUGAUAGAUGACAAGAUCUCCAAGGAGCCACUGACCUUGGGAAGUGAAGAAAUGAUGCCAGCCUGUCUUGCCUUUAAAAAACUAGUCUCAGGUGUGAUUCAAUGCAAAGGCUGUGAACGACCUACAAGUCAGGCAGCACAAAAUCAUCCAUUUUUUUCUUAUCCUUUAGAACCUUCCUUUUGUGACUUACUGCUGAUUCCUACAUGUGUUAUUAGAAUUCUCAAUGCAAUUGAUGAUGAACAACCAGAGCUUCAUCAGGUUGUGAAAGAUGAAUUGGUAGCUAGAUGUUCCAAAUUUGGAAAUAUUGUGCAAAGUGUUCUACCAAAAGAAGGACAAGGAAAAGGAAUUAUUUUUGUCAAAUUUGAAAAGGCCAUGGAUGCAAUAUCAUCAUUUGAAAAAAUCAAUGGCAAAGUUUUGUACAAUCGCACUGCCAACACAUCUGUUGCUCUCUCUGUCACUCUCUCUCUCUGUCACUCUCUCUCUCUGUCACUCUCUCUCUCUCUGUCACUCUCUCUGUCUCUCUCUCUCUCUCUGUCACUCUCUGUCUCUGUCACUCUCUCUCUCUGUCACUCACUCUCUGUCUCUCUCUGUCACUCACUCUCUGUCUCUCUCUGUCACUCACUCUCUGUCUCUCUCUGUCACUCACUCUCUGUCUCUCUCUGUCACUCACUCUCUGUCACUCACUCUCUGUCACUCACUCUCUGUCACUCACUCUCUGUCACUCACUCUCUGUCUCUCUCUGUCACUCACUCUCUGUCACUCACUCUCUGUCUCUCACUCUCUGUCUCUCUCUGUCACUCUCUGUCACUCUCUCUCUCCAACAUUUACUGGUAA